GGCUCUGGGUAGGUUGUGGCUUUGCUGGGUGCAGACCGUAGACUUAAGGUGAACGUGGUGGCGGUGGUUUUCGCUUCUACCUGAGAGCUUCGGCCUUUUCUGCCUUCCUUCACUCGCUUGUGUCCAAAGCCGGGCUGACUCAUCUUGCGCAGCCCCAAGGGGAGCAUAAACCAGGGACUGAUAUCAUGCAACAGAAGACCAAAUUAUUUCUCCGGGCUUUGAAGUAUAGUAUUCCUCACCUUGGGAAAUGCAUGCAGAAACAGCAUUUGAAUCAUUAUAACUUCGCUGAUCAUUAUUACAAUACAAUAAAAUUGAAAAAAUAUCACCUAACCAAGUGUCUGCAGAAUAAACCCAAGAUAUCAGAGUUAGCAAGAAACAUUCCAAGUCGGAGCUUCUCAAGUAAGGAUCUUCUGCCUAUUAAACAAGAAAACGAAAAAUCCCUUUCAGAAAACAUGGAUGCAUUUGAAAAAGUGAGAACAAAAUUAGAAACACAACCACAAGAAGAAUAUGAAAUCAUCAAUGCAGAGGUUAAACAUGGUGGCUUUGUUUAUUAUCAAGAAGGGUGCUGCUUGGUUCGUUCCAAAGAUGAAGAAGCAGACAAUGAGAAUUAUGAAGUUUUAUUCAAUUUGGAAGAACUUAAAUUAGACCAGCCCUUCAUUGAUUGCAUCAGAGUUGCUCCAGAUGAGAAAUAUGUGGCCGCCAAGAUAAGAACUGAGGAUUCUGAAGCAUCUACUUGUGUAGUUGUAAAGCUUACUGAUCAGCCUGUAAUGGAAGCCUCUUUCCCAAAUGUGUCCAGUUUUGAAUGGGUAAAGGAUGAAGAAGAUGAAGAUGUUUUAUUCUACACCUUUCAGAGGAACCUCCGUUGUCAUGAUGUAUAUCGAGCCACUUUUGGGGAUAAUAAGCGUAAUGAACGUUUUUACACAGAAAAAGACCCAAGCUAUUUUGUUUUCCUUUAUCUUACAAAAGAUAGUCGUUUCCUCACCAUAAAUAUUAUGAACAAGACCACUUCUGAAGUAUGGUUAAUAGAUGGCCUGAGCCCUUGGGACCCACCAGUACUUAUUCAGAAGCGAAUACAUGGUGUCCUCUACUAUGUUGAACACAGAGAUGAUGAACUAUACAUUCUUACUAAUGUUGGAGAGCCUACAGAAUUCAAGCUAAUGAGAACAGCAGCUGAUACCCCUGCUAUUAUGAAUUGGGAUUUAUUUUUCACAAUGAAGAGGAAUACCAAAGUUAUAGACUUGGACAUGUUUAAGGAUCACUGCGUUCUCUUCCUGAAGCACAGCAAUCUACUUUAUGUUAAUGUGAUUGGUCUGGCUGAUGAUUCAGUUCGGUCUCUAAAGCUUCCUCCUUGGGCCUGUGGAUUCAUAAUGGAUACAAAUUCUGACCCAAAGAACUGCCCCUUUCAACUUUGCUCUCCAAUACGACCCCCAAAAUAUUACACAUACAAGUUUGCAGAGGGCAAACUCUUUGAGGAAACUGGGCAUGAAGACCCAAUCACAAAGACGAGUCGUGUUUUACGUCUAGAAGCCAAAAGCAAAGAUGGAAAAUUAGUGCCGAUGACUAUUUUUCACAAAACGGACACCGAAGACUUGCAGAAGAAACCUCUCUUGGUACAUGUAUAUGGAGCUUAUGGAAUGGAUUUGAAAAUGAACUUCAGACCUGAGAGGCGGGUCUUGGUGGAUGAUGGAUGGAUACUAGCAUACUGCCAUGUUAGGGGAGGUGGUGAGCUAGGCCUCCAGUGGCACACUGAUGGCUGCCUAACUAAAAAACUCAAUGGCCUUGCUGACUUAGAGGCUUGCAUUAAGACGCUUCAUGGCCAAGGCUUCUCUCAGCCAAGUCUAACAACCCUGACUGCUUUCAGUGCUGGAGGGGUGCUUGUGGGAGCACUGUGUAAUUCUAAUCCAGAGCUCCUGAGAGCUGUGACUCUAGAGGCACCUUUCUUGGAUGUUCUCAAUACCAUGAUGGACACUACUCUUCCUCUGACAUUAGAAGAAUUAGAAGAAUGGGGGAAUCCUUCAUCUAAUGAAAAACACAAGAGCUACAUAAAACGUUACUGUCCCUAUGAAAAUAUUAAACCUCAGCAUUAUCCUUCAAUUCACAUCACAGCUUAUGAAAACGAUGAGCGUGUUCCUCUGAAAGGAAUUGUGAACUACACAGAAAAGCUCAAGGAAGCUGUCAUGGAGUAUUCUAAGAACGCAGGCGAAGGAUAUCAGAACCCCAGUGUCAUCUUAGAUAUUCAGCCUGGAGGAAAUCACGUGAUUGAGGAUUCUCACAAAAAGAUUACAGCCCAAAUUAAAUUCCUGUAUGAAGAACUUGGACUUGACAGCACCAUUGUUUUUGAGGAUCUUAAGAAAUACCUAAAAUUCUGAAAUGCGACAUUCAGCUGGGAUUUGGAGAUGCACUGAAAUACUUCAUAGUCUUAUUUCCAGUUGGGUUAACAGAAGUGAGAUUUUAAGUUAUUAGAGAAUUUCCUUAAAGUUGCUUAUACCUCCAAGUUGUGCCUAGCCUGCAUCUCACCCGCUUGUGCUGUUCUCUUCCACUGAUGCACAUGCCCCUGACCUGGGCAGUUUUCAGAUUGUCUCCUGAGAAGGACGUGGACAGGAGCUAGGAGGGGACCGGGCAGCUAAAUGCCAGGACCCCCUCCAGUCCGAACUUUGUCCGUUGUACUAAGAUUUUCUUUGAACAGUUUACAGUCAGUGUCUUUCCUCUUUGCUAGUGAAUAUUUUUAGUCACUGUGGCAGUGAGUCAUUUCUAGUUUCUGUGACUGCAUUUUAAGGAGAAAGAACAUUCUUCAAAUGGAAAUGUGUAUAGUUGUUGAAUAAUCUUGGGUCCGGUAGUGUUUUGAUCAUUUCUUUUUUAUGUUAUUCACUAUUUACAAGUUCCUCCAAGCAACAGUUUUCUUUUAAACAUUUUAUUACUCUUUUAAA